CUUGGUUUAUUUUGUAAGCAUGUUCCUUUUAUCCGAUCAGAAGAAUCACUGGAGACCAGAGAGUAGAAUCACUCGAGUUUUAUUGUUCCCUAUACAUCCAAUCUAAUACACGUCAGGCGUGGUUCUGUCCCUAGUACGUGCACGGAGAUCUCAGGGGCGGUCCCAUUUUGAUCUGAGUGCUUGACCCUGAACGCCACAUUUAAACAUAAAUCAUGAAUAUUCAGUAGCUGGGUGUGGACAUCUUCUUCUUCCUUCUGGCACUCCUCUACCCUCCAGGCGCCCCACUGGCGCAGCGUUAUCUGUAACAGCUUGACCUGGGAGGACAUGCUACACAAUCUAUCUGUUGUCACAGACUCUGGACUGAGCAUGGAUCAGAGAGAGACCAGAGAGGACGCAGCCCCUCCCACCACCAGCAGGGCGGCGCUGGAGAGUGAACGCUCUAUUGGACGACUGAUUGAUUUUAAAAAGGAGCAUGGUCCACAGAUCCACCAGAAACAUCCUCCAUCUGAACCUGGUCCCAUCUGUGAGUCCCUCAGGAGUGACUGGUCUAUGGAACGUCCACCUGUUUUUGCCAACGACCCAGUGGAGCAGCAGGGUCCAGAGGUCUCCAGUGGUCAGCACCAUCAGACACAGCUGGACUCCAUAUUUAAGCUUCUGGAGGAGGACAUCUUCACUUUUGUCCAGAAGGAGCUGAAGAAGCUCCACAAGGUUCUGAGUACAGAUUACCCAGAAUGCUUAGAGCCUGUGGAGGAUGAGGAUGAAGAGCAGAGGAGCAGCAGUGAGGCUGUUCUGAAGAUCACACUGAACUUCCUGAGGAGGAUGAAGCAGAAGGAGCUGGCUGAGCGUCUGAGGAGCAGGACUUGUUCUGGAGUUUAUCGACGUAAACUGAAGUCUAAUCUGCAGCAGAAGUUUGAGUGUGUGUUUGAGGGCAUCGCUAAAGCAGGAAACCCCACCCCUCUGAAUCAGAUCUACACAGAGCUCUACAUCACAGAGGGAGGGUCUUCAGAGGUCAACCAGGAACAUGAGGUCAGACACAUGGAAACAGCCUCCAGGAAACCAGGCCCAGCAGAGACACCCAUCACAUGUGAAGACAUGUUUAAAGGCCCAGCUCACACACAUGGACCAAUCAGAACAGUGCUGACAAAGGGAGUGGCUGGCAUCGGGAAAACAGUGCUCACUCAGAAGUUCAGUCUGGACUGGGCUGAAGGCAAAGCCAACCAGGACAUACAGCUGCUGUUCCCGUUCACUUUCAGAUCACUCAAUGUGCUGAAGGAGAGAAGCUUCAGCUUGGUGACACUUGUUCAUCACUUCUUUAGUCAAACACAAACAGAACUCUGCAGCUUUGAAGACCUCCAGGUGCUCUUCAUCUUUGACGGUCUGGACGAGUGCAGACUUCCUCUGGACUUCACCAAAACCAAGGCCCUGACCGACCCCACAGAGUCCACCUCACUGCACGUGCUGCUGGUGAACCUCAUCAGGGGGAGCCUGCUUCCCUCCGCUCACCUCUGGAUAACCACACGACCCGCGGCGGCCAAUCAGAUCCCUGCUGAGUGCGUCUCCAUGGUGACAGAGGUCAGAGGGUUCACCGACCCGCAGAAGGAGCAGUACUUUAAGAAGAGGUUCAGAGAUGAGGCCGACACAAUCAUCUCCCACAUCAAGACGUCCAGAAGCCUCCACAUCAUGUGCUACAUGCCAAUCUUCUGCUGGAUCGCUGCCACAGUCCUGGAGCAUGUGUUGAAAAGCAGAGAGAGAGGAGAGCUGCCCAAGACCCUGACUCAGAUGUACAUCCACUUCCUGGUGGUUCAGGCCAAAGUCAAGAACAUCAAGUAUGAAGGAGGAUCUGAGACAGACCCACACUGGAGUCCAGAGACCAAGAAGAUGGUGGAGUCUCUGGGAAAACUGGCCUUUGAGCAGUUGCAGAAAGGAAACCUGAUCUUCUACGAGUGUGACCUGAGUGAGUGUGGGCUGGACGCUGCAGCGGCCUCAGUGUACUCUGGAGUGUUCACACAGGUCUUUAGAGAGGAGCCAGGCCUGUACCAGGACAAGGUCUACUGCUUCAUCCAUCUGAGUGUGCAGGAGUUUCUGGCUGCUCUUCACAUCCAUCAGACCUUCAUCAACACUGGGAUCAACCUGCUCUCAGAGGAACAAACAUCAUUACGGUCAAAUAUUUUUAGCAGUAAAUCAGUUCAGUUUUACCAGACAGCUGUGGACCAGGCCUUGCAGAGUCCAAAUGGACACCUGGACCUGCUCCUCCGCUUCCUCCUGGGUCUUUCACUGUCGACCAAUCAGAGCCUUCUACAAGGUCUGAUGACACAGACAGAAAGUCGCUCCCAGACCAAUCAGAAAACAGCUGAGUACAUCAAGAAGAAGCUGAGUGAGGAUGUGUCUGCAGAGAGGAGCAUCAACCUGCUCCACUGUCUGAAUGAACUGAAUGAGCGUUCUCUGGUGGAGCAGAUCCAACAGGUCCUGAGUUCAGGACGUCUAUCUGAAGGUGGACUGUCUCCUGCUCAGUGGUCAGCUCUGGCCUUCAUCUUACUGUCAUCAGAAGAAGAUCUGGACCAGUUUGAGCUGAAGAAAUACUGUGCUUCAGAGGAGGCUCUCCUGAGGCUGCUGCCAGUGGUCAAGGCCUCCAACAAAGCUCUACUGAGCAGCUGUAACCUGUCAGAGAGAAGCUGUGAAGCUCUGUCCUCAGUCCUCAGCUCCCAGUCCUCUAGUCUGACAGUCCUGGAUCUCAGUCUCAACGACUUGAAGGACUCAGGGCUGAAGAUGUUGUCUGUUGGUCUGAAGAGUCCUCACUGUAAACUGGAACAGCUCAGUCUGUCCCUCUGUGGACUGUCCCCUCACAGCUGUGGGCCUCUGUCCUCAGUCCUCAGCUCCUCCAGUCUCACACACCUGGAUCUCAGUCACAACGACCUCCAGGACUCAGGAGUGGAGCUGCUGUGUUCUGGACUGAAGAGCGCCCCCUGCAGACUGGAGACUCUCAGUCUGUCCCUCUGUGGACUGUCCCCUCACAGCUGUGGGCCUCUGUCCUCAGUCCUCAGCUCCUCCAGUCUCACACACCUGGAUCUCAGUCACAACGACCUCCAGGACUCAGGAGUGGAGCUGCUGUGUUCUGGACUGAAGAGCGCCCCCUGCAGACUGGAGACGCUCAGGCUGUCUGGAUGUCUGGUCUCACAGAGGGGCGGGGCUGCUCUGGCCUCAGCUCUGAGCUCCGCCCCCUCCCACCUGAGAGAGUUAGACCUGAGCUACAACCAUCCAGGACCCUCAGCAGAGCUCCUGACCGCUCUACAGGACCAGCGCCCCCUGCUGUCUGUCAGACUGGAGUUUGCUGGAGCUGUGAGGUUGACACCAGGACUCAGAAAGUAUUUCUGUGAUCUCACUCUGGAUCCAAACACAGCUCACAGAAAACUCAAACUGUCUGACAACAACAAGAAGGUGACACGUGUGACAGAGGAGCAGCCGUAUCCAGAUCAUCAGGACAGAUUUGAGACCUGGCCUCAGAUUCUGUGUUCCACUGGUCUGACUGGUCGCUGUUACUGGGAGGUCCAGUGGAGUGGAGAUGUUUAUAUAUCAGUGUCUUACAGAGGAAUCAGAAGGAAAGGAAACAGUUAUGACAGUGUGUUUGGACACAAUGAUCAGUCCUGGAGUCUGUUCUGUUCUGAUGAUGGUUUCUCUGUUGUUCAUAAUAACAAACGCACCUCCCUCCCUCAGCCCUGCUCCUCCUCUUCUGGGACAGUCUCAGUGUUUGUGGACUGUCCUGCUGGCUCUCUGUCCUUCUACACAGUCUCCUCUGACCAACUGACCCACCUCCACACCUUCAACACCACAUUCACUCACACUCUGAUCCCUGGGUUUAUGAUCUGUCCUGACUCCUCAGUGUGUGUGUGUGCUCCGACACACUCACCCUCCUCUGUGUAAAAUACAACAGUCAAAUCUGUAGAAAAAUCACUUUGUAAAUGUUUUAUUUUGACUUGAUUUGAGCAGAGAUUUCUUUUCUAAUGUGUUAUUUCCUCUCAAAGACAAACUGCAGACAUCAACCUCACACUAGUGUCUGUACUGAACAAAUCACUGUGUUCAAUAUGAACUUUACAAACUCAUAAACAGGCACCACAUGCAGUAAGUGUACAGUCUGUAUAUGUGCUACUUUGGUCCUUGUUUGUUUGAUUGGGUUCAAUACUCCCAUAAGAAAGUAUGUUGUAUUUUUAUGUUCUGAGGCAGUGUUUUUGUCCAAUAAGAAGGAGGAGGAGACACAGUGGUGUAGACCAUAGUAAUUAGUACAUGUGGUCUUUUAUCAACCUUUCUUCAACUUGGAGAAGCCGACCGGAGCCACACCAAACAAACUAAACCAUGAACUCAUAGAAAACCAUGGAAAUAUGAGUCUUAUUGUGUUUUCAGCCACAAAUAAAAAAGUUCAAACACAAACUCAUAUAUAUAAUGUG